AUGUUUGCGCGGCGGCUGUGGAUAUGUCGCCGUGCCGCUGUUGGCCUUACGGGCGUUUGCCUCAACCAGCGGACCCCGUCCUUUCAUCCCUUCUCGCACAAGGACGAGGAAGACUUGGUGCGGGUGGUGCGGACGAAGCCGCGGCACGUGUUGAAGCACGUCCGGCAGCAGGUGUGGCGCUCGCGCAAGCGGGAGCUGCACUUCCGCAACACUGUCACACACCUGAUGAUUGUGCUGCAGGAGUUCCUGCGGAAGCAGCUGAUUGACCCCGCCAACGCCUCGCAGAUCAUGGAAGGGGUCAUGGAGGAGUGCGUCAAGUACUCGCAGCACGACAUGGCUCACUUGCUCUUCCGCGCCUUCCUGCGGUUUCGCAAGUACGGCUGUGUCAUCUCCGUGGACGCGCUGCGGUACCUCUUUGAGUCCUACAAGGAGAACGACAGCGGCGAACUGAUGGUGCAGCUCGCCAACGAGAUGCGCUCGGACCCCGCGAUGCGGCCGCUCUGCAUCGCGGCCUACCUCUUUGCGAACCACCCGGCAGAGGCCGACGCUCUGCAGGAGGGGCUCGCCUUCAGCGAUCUCACACGGGACGACAUCAUCGCCCUUAUCGACGGCUACGACAAGCUUCGCAGAACAGAGAAGGUGAUGGAGGUGUUGCAGGGCGUCACGCGGCUCAACCUGGAGCCAGCUGACCUCACCGACAUCUUUCGCGCCCUUUUUCGCGUUUUUUACCGCCGCGACGACGAGGUCUCAUUUGCCGCCGUCUUUCAGGCAUCGCGCGACAAGGCGGUGUCGCUGGACGCGGCCACGUUUGCCAUCAUUCUGCGCCAGCGCAUGCGCCACGUGACCUCCGUUGAGGAAAUUGCGGCAGUGGAGGGGGAGCUGCAGGAGUUUGGGUACGUCCCGGACGUCACGGGAAAUUCCAUCGUUAUCGCCGCCUACGCUCGCCUCAUCCACUUUGGGGAUCGUGGCAGCGAGGAGCUUAUGCUGGCAAAGGUCGAUACCCUCCUGUCCUCCAUCGAGUCCCGGCUGAGGCAAGGGGACCCCGACAUGGAUAUUAGCGCCGUGCACAUCCGCGCCGUCAUCCGCGGCUACGGCGCGGCGGGGCGGCCGGACUCCUUGAAGACGGCCUGGUCCCGGAUGCAGUACAAGGGUCUCACCAACGAUGUGCGGGUGUACAAUGAGCUGUUUAAGUGGUUUGCGCUGAUGGGCAACGUGAAAGACGUGAUUGCGUUGAAGGAGGAGAUGGACACCGCUGGGGUGCACCCCGACUCGCAGACAUACGCCUGGGUGCUCCGGGCGUUGGGCAAGUACUACCCUCGUCACGUGGAGAGGCUCUACGAGGAGAUGCUGGAGAAGCACGUGCGGCCGGAUGUGCAGCUGUACAACACGCUGAUUGGCAUCUUUGGCGACCUGGGCGACCUGCAACGGGUGGAGACGAUUAUGACGGAGAUGAAGCGGCGGGAGGAGUUUGGCAGCCUGCAGUUGACGCCAGUCACUUUUGCCGUGCUCAUUCGCAUCUACGCCGGCGACCUGGCGAAGGCGGAGGCAGCCUACGCGGAGGCGAAGCAGCGCGGUAUGGCAGAUCACCCGCACGUGCAGACGAGCAUCCUGCAUGUCUACGCCAACCAUGCGGAGGGCGAAGAGAAGCUCGAGACGCUGCUUCGCGACAUCCCGUCGUGGUCCACGGACGUCUUUAACGUGCUGUUGAACAUGUACGGCAAGAGCGGUCAGCGGGCGAAGGUGAGUGAGUUGAUUGACAAGAUGAAGGCGGAGGGGACGGCGAUGAACGACGUCACCUUCGGCACCCUCAUCACCGCCUUUGCCCGCUGGGGCGAUGCUGAGAAGGUGCGGGACGUGAUUCAACUGCUAAAGGAUCACGAGGGGGAGGUCUCCGCCGCCUUUUACUCCGUCCUCGCCUCCUCGCUGAGCCGCAUGGGUGACGUCGACGGCGUGAGCAACGCCUGGGAAGAUUUGCUCUCGUCGAAGCUUUUUCCCGACACAGAGGUGUACAACCAGUUCCUCCUGCUCUACAGCCGGCAGCACAACACGGGGAAGAUGCAGGCAGUGCUUAACAGCAUGAUGAAGCAGGUGCCCCCCAACCCCGUCACCGCCACCACGGUUCUGGACAUGCUGGGGAAGUCGGGCCGCGUGGCGGAGAUGGAGGCGCUUUUCGAGGACAUGAAACAGUCACCGGACACCAUGCCAACCUCCGUGACGUACCACCAGAUGAUGAAUACGUACGCCAAGACGGGGGAUGUGGCCAAGAUGGAAAAACUGCACAACGAGUUCCUCGAGAAGGGCUACACCAGCAACGCCGUUACGUACAACAUCUUGGCAGACGGCUUCGGCCGCGCCCGACGCUUUGAGCGCAUGGAGGAGAUUGUGCAGCAGAGGAAGCAGGCGGGGAUCCCCAUGGACGACCUCACCUACUGCGUCAUGGCCACCACCUACGGCCGGGCGAAGCUGAAAAAGGAGGUGCAGCGCCUCUACGCGGAGGUCACCGCCCCCGCCUCCCAGCAUCUCUUCACUAGCAAAGUCAUUUGGUCCUUCAUUGACGCCUUCUGCCGCUGCGCCGCCCCGGACGAGAUGGAGCGGUGUGCCGAGGAGCUGAAGAAGUCGGAGGGGGACGGCAGCCUUAGCGCAAGCCACGUCCUCGCGCUCAUUCCGUACUACUGCCGCCUAGGGGACAUGCACCGCGUGGAUGAACUGCGCGAGCAGGCGAAGGCGCUGAAUGCGGACCUCUCAUACACGUCACUGAACGCCAUCGCACGCGGCUACGCCAGGGCGGGGCGGUUUGACAAGACGGUGGAGACCCUCCACCUGCUACGCGACCGCAACUGGGUUCCAGACGCCGCCACUGCACUCUCCCUCUCCGGCUCCUUCCUUAAGGCGGGUCUGCACGAGCAGGCGCAGCAGGUGGUGCAGUGGCGGCGGCAGUACGCGAAGCACGCUGGAGAGGAGUUGUCCUCGGCGCCGGAGGUUUAG